AUGCCCUGGCAACAUCAGAGCGUGGAUCUCUGGGCCAAAAUUGGCAUCCUACCUGACAUCUCUCGGCCAUCGCAUAGAGGCACGGCGACGAUGCCAAGACCUCCUAGUCAGGUCUCUCCGUCAAGCUUGGUCUCGAAUCGCCCUCCUCUUGCACACUCGACCGCGGCUGGCCUCCCAGAUGGAUAUCCCAAACCGACCUGCCCAAUUGGCUCGCUGCCUGUCUCUGGUGUCACCUGCGUUUCAUGCCUCGACUGCGUCGCUGACUGCUUGGACCUCACGCUGAACAAUAUCCAGUCCCGCUGGGCGGAUUGUCUACAAUGUACCAUCGCUAGCCUACUCGUCCUUCGGCCAUCCCUUGGCGUUAUUCGGAGCUUUCCAGCUGGGCAAUCCCACCUCGACCACGACGAGCACCCCCUGCCUGCGCCUCCGUACCGACUCGAUCAAGAGCCUACCCCAGACGGUAGCCCCUCUGCUAAUGUCUGA